AUGAAGUUCACCACCGUUCCCCUUUUCACCGCUCUUGCAGCCCUUACCUCUGCUGCCCCGGCCUCAGAUCUUGAAGUCCGACAGAGCGGCGGCGGCUUCUACGCUGCUGGUGACCAGUAUUCCGGCGGUGGAUGCACCAACCUCAUCUACGGCGACCCAAUCUACGUCUCGAACGCCUGCACGGCUCUCAACCGUUUCAGUACUCCUGGCAUCACUAUCAACAGCUACAAGCUUGCCCAGGUCAACGCUGGAUGCUCCGUCAAGUUGUACACGACCUCUUCCUGCACUGGCACUGCUUAUUCCGCGAUUGUGGGCCAAUGUGUCCAGGCCAAUUCUCCAUUUGUCAGUGCGAUUGUCACUUGCGCUUAGGUAGCACAUCGUAGCAAGGAAAGAGUGGUUAGUUGAGGGGUUGUGAGCUUGUUGGGCGAGAAUGCGAGGCAGAGCCAAGGAGGGAGGCUGAUCGAUGGCGACGAAAAGAUCAUCGACUGUGCGAAUGCUGUGAGCUGGUAAAUCUGUCAAUCGAAUCCAACAGUGUCGCUACUGUCGUUUGCAUCUGCGUUCUUU